GGUCUGUACCCAAAGUCCUAGCACUGAGCACCCCCAAAACUAUCUGAAGGUCGCAGCUGGCUCCUCUACAAUGUGUUGAUUACGGCCGCAAGGCUGUGAAGACCGGGGGCGGAGGCAGUUCCCGUGCGCCUGGAUGGAAACGCUGGGUCUCCCCGCCUGCAGGCUGCACAACGAGGGACUGCGUAGGCGGGCGGUUUCCAGCUGUCCUAUGCUCCUGGGCAGCGCGAGCAGCAGGGGCGAUUGCUAGAGCCGCCGGAGCGGCUGCAGGGACCGCCGCGGCUGGCCGGUGCUUGCUCCCUGGUGGCGCUGCGGCCAAGCGCGGGAGGCUGUUACCGCAGCAGCGUCGGGAGCGGGCGAGGCCGGGAAGCAGGAUUCCCCCGCUCUCCGCCAAUCACACGCGCUCCCCAGGCCCGGGCUCCAGCCACUGGCUGCGGCGGGCGCCGGGUCCGGCCGGGCUCCGGGCGUCGGCGUCGGGUGAUGCGGUGACCUUGCGGCUGGGCGGCAGGCGCAGAACGAGCGCCCGGGGGCCGGGCCAUGGGCACGGUGCCGUCCGCGCUGAAGCACUGCCUCAGCUAUCAGCACCUCCUCAAGGAGCAGCUCUGGAUCGGGGAGCCGGCCGCGCCGUCGCCUGCUCUGCAUCCCGGGCAGGAAUUUCAAAUAUCUGGACUUCCUGACUAUGUAAAAAUUGUAGAAGUUGGGCCAAGAGACGGAUUACAAAAUGAAAAGGUUACAGUUCCCACAGAUAUCAAAGUUGAGUUAAUCAACCGACUUUCCAAAGCAGGCUUGUCUGUAAUAGAAGCAACCAGUUUUGUUUCAUCAAAGUGGGUACCUCAGAUGGCAGAUCACACAGAAGUAAUGAGAAGGAUCGAGCGACAUCCUGGAGUCCAAUAUCCUGUACUCACACCUAAUCUUCAAGGUUUUCAUUCUGCUAUUGCAGCAGGAGCUACAGAGGUAUCAGUAUUUGGUGCAGCAUCUGAAUCUUUCAACAAAAUGAAUAUUAAUUGUUCUAUAGAAGAAAGCAUAGAAAAAUUUGAAGAAGUUACUAAAUUGGCACGAAAUAUGAAUAUUCCAGUGCGAGGGUAUGUAUCUUGUGCAUUGGGAUGCCCGUAUGAAGGAAACAUCAUACCAGCUAAAGUGGUAGAAGUGUCUAAACAGCUGUAUAGCAUGGGCUGCUAUGAGAUCUCUCUGGGGGACACAAUUGGUGUGGGGACCCCCGGUAGCAUGAAGAGAAUGUUGGAAGCUGUUAUGAAGGAAAUCCCAGUGAGUGCUCUUGCUGUUCUCUUCCAUGACACGUAUGGCCAGGCUUUAGCCAAUAUCCUCACAGCCAUACAGAUGGGAGUUGGUGUCGUGGACUCUGCUGUUGCUGGAUUAGGUGGCUGUCCAUAUGCGAAAGGUGCUACUGGAAAUGUAGCCACGGAGGAUGUGCUAUACAUGCUUAAUGGGUUAGGGAUAAAUACGGGAGUGAAUCUUUACAAGGUGAUGGAAACUGGUAACUUCAUCUGCACGGCUUUGAACAAGAAAACAAAUUCUAAAGUUGCACAAGCUUCCUUCAAUGUUUGAACUGUAAAUUAAGAUGUUCUUUCUGCAAUACACAUUGUCAAAGAGCAUUUACGUAAAAAAAAAAUCAAUUGCAAAACCUUUGCAGUCAAGAAAAAAAGAAAGCAUGCUAUAGCUGUUCUUUAUGGAAAGAGUAACUGUGCGUUAGAAUAAUAUAUUUUGCCAAAUGUUAUUUUGGGGAAAUAAUACAACAUUGCAAAUAAUAAAUAUAAUGUCUAUCAAUACAAAUUCAUGUACCUGAUACUAUUAAAAGUCAGCAAAUCAGCAACUUACUGUCUAUUUAAAUGGCCUUUUAGCUUGCUUUAGAAAAAAUUCAUUACAGAGUUCCACAAAAAGUGAAUACAUUGGUAAUUCUUAAUCAAGCUGACUUUUAAUACAGUAUAAAUAUUUGAAGUAGUUUAUGAGAUCCCACAUUGUAUGUGGCCUGGCUAUUAUGUGUUUUAUUUCUCUGAAUCUCCACUUUUCAUUUGCCAAGUCAAUUAUGUUAUGAAUGUGGAGCCCAAUCUAAAUUUACUGUAAGUAGUUUCUAGCAAUAGCACUUUUGUAUUUUUACAAUGGUUAACAUCUGUUUAUGAAUGACUUUAUCUUGUUCCAAGAGUUUGUGAUGAAUAGCAGCCUGCCAUAUGCCCAAAAUCUAGUGCAACCUCUCUUAUUUGUUACAUACAUUAAAUUCACUGUUAUUGCUUUUUUCAUCAGCUGUUUUAAAAACCUAAUUAAUUAUAUCAAACAAUGAAAAGAACACAGGAUAUACUCUUUAGUGUAGCACUCAGGUGGUGAUUAGAUUUUUAUGCAAAAGCCUCAUGCACCAGUUGACAUUUUAUUUUAUGAUCCCCAGAUUAUCAUUCUCACUCAUUAUCACAGAACCUGUCUUUCUGGGGAUGUUGACACCCAUGACUGACUAGCUUACACAGAGUGAGUCAUCCACAGCCUCCCUCUAAGCUCUUGUGAAUUUGGUACUGUACAUGUAAAUGUGUGAGUGCAACAAAGUGCCAGUGAACUGCACCAUCAUCGGUAAAUCAGCAAUGGACAAUUUAAAAUAACAGCCUCGUUGUUUCUGUAACCUGUUCAAAUCAUCCAUGAAACUACUGUCAUCUUCUUGCCUGAAACAUCAGUUCUUUUACUGUGUCUGUCUACACAACCUUCAGUCUUUCAUUAUGUAUCUGCUCUUGAUCUGAAUUUGUUAGAAAGCAAGCUCUUAACGCAAAACCCAAAAACCUGGGCUCUGAUUUUUUUCUCCAUUGAUAUAUACUCAGCUGUUCUUAGAAACAUGAAAAUUUGGAGAUGGAUGAGAUUUUUAAAAAGCAGAAGAUUUACAUGAAAAGAAAGAAAAAGGUGGGCUCACAGUUGUUUGCAGCCCAUCUCUGUCAGACUAUAGCAUGCUUACAUAUGCCAUUAUUGCACAUUCUGGGGUUUUGUCAUGGUCUGAACCAACUUGAUUAUGAGACAUCCAGGUUGUCGGCAGAUGUCACAUGUGGUUGAAGUUUGGUGGCUACUACUAGCCAAAUUAUUUUGCCCAGGAAUGCGGGGUUUGGAGACAGGAUAGUCAUUGGAGAGGUCUUUCUGGCAAGUGUUGGCUUCCUGAGGACUGGGUGAACUAUUGCUUUUUUCCAGGAGUUUGGUAGCUGUGCUUCUCUGAAGCAGGCAUAGAUUAUUUCCAUUAGUAGUUCACAUAGUUCUUCACUAUCUUUUACCAGCCUGGAGUCUCCUGGAUCCAUUUCACAGACUGUGGCUUUAAUAUUUUUUAGGGCUACCCUGCUUUGGCAUCAGAUAUAGUUCAGUCUUUAGAGGUGGCUGGAAAUUGGCCUUGAGUUGGCACAUUUAUGUGUCAGUUUAAAAUCUACCAGACAUCAUUGAAAAUAAGAUUCAGGAAGGAGCUGUAAUGUGAGUACUCAAUCCAAGGGAGCAAAACCAACACCACCACCCUACACCACCUCUCAACAUAUGGGCUCAUGAACAGGUCUGGGGGUGGUUGUGAUCAUCUUUCCUUACUUUAUUGCAAGAUGGGAGAGGUUGAUAACAUUUGCUCACCAUUGAAGUAUGGGAUCAUGGAAUGCAGCUUGACAAUCACUGAGGUAGAAUUACUACCAGGGCCAGCUCCAGGGCUUUUGCCAUCCCAAGUGGCACCAUGGGAGAGCCUGCUUCAUUCUUCGGCGGCAGGUCCUUCCCUCCACCGAAUUCCCGCCGAAGAGCCAAACGUGCCGCCCCUCUUCAUUGGCUACUCCAGGAACCUGCUUGCUGCGCUGGUGCCUGGAGCUGGCCCUGACUACUACUAUUUUGCUCCAGAAAUGAACCACUUCUACGGCAAAGGGAUAGUUUAUAUAUAAGAUAUGACUGUUUUCUCAGAGGGUUAUUUUAAGGGAAGAAAGCAUGACCUGUGAUCAGAUCUGUGGUCUGAGAGCUAGGAUUCUGUUCCCAGCUGAGUCACUGGCUCACUGUGUGACUUUUCAGGUUGCUCAACCCUAGUGCUGUGAGGUUUUCAUUAAUUAAUAUUUGUAAAGCCAGUUGAAAUGUUCAGAGCACAGAAUUAAAAGAAGUAUCCAAUCUGAGAACUAUCCCAGCAACAUUUCCCAUGCUUGACUUGUUAAUUAUUUUUUUUAUGCAUUUAUUUAUACUAUAUUAACUAAAUGGAAACAUUUUGUCUUCCAAUCUCCUGUUUCCUGUUUCACUUAACAUCUGCCGUCAUGAUCCUAAUGGCGUAGCAGGAGGGCAUGAUUAAAACCAAUGUUAAUGUAGCCCUUUGGAUCAUCCUCCAGAGACAUGGUAUAUUUGCUGAAGAACUGUCACCAGCACGGUUGUACUGGUUAACUGCACCUACUAUUUUGCAGCGCAUAGCAUUAAUCUUAAAGGUGAAAUAAAACACAUCUAAAUGUUUGUUGAAAUAGAUACACUGAUGUAUUACAACAUGCUAGAUUCAGCAACUCCAGUUAAGUAAGUCACACGUAAGGCGUUAGUAAAUAUCAGCUGUCACUCCAUCACAUACUCGACUGUUUACUCCGGUAAGGUGUAAUCCAUUUGCUUGUGAUUACCUUUAUUAUCAGUUGUUCCAAUCUGCUUUAAUGGAAAAUGAUAUGCAACUGAUGCAUCUCUUCUAAGUUACCACAGAAACAUAUUUCUUCCCUCCAUUAACUAAGCAUUAACUAUGAGAUCUUUAAUAAAUCAGAAUAUUCCUCUGUAAAGAAAUAUUCAAGUUAUGGUAAUCAAAGUUGAUUCAGAGUACCGCUCUCAGAUCAUUUAAAAUUUUCUUUUCAAUUUUUAUUUUUGAGCUUCUCUAUAUAUCACAAAUGCAGAACAAACAUUUUCAUUCUUGUUUUUAUAUGAGCUAAAAUCACCCAAAUUACCAUCUGAGCCUGUACCCAGUGUCAUCAAUGGUAAAACAAUUGUACAUUUCAGUGGGUGCCUGAACCCAUCCUAAUACUUUAUACUAUACACUGAGGUGGAAAAUAUGUUCUGGAUCACAUGUGUGACCUUAGUGUUUUUUGGGGGGUUUUGUAAUUACUCCAAAAACUGCAUGAUGAACAGCUGCACAUAAGGAUAGUAAGGUGCAGACACCCCAUGCCCCAUACACAUAGAAUGCCUUUCCUGAGCCGAUCUGCAAAAGUCACUAUCAACUUCUCUUUCAAAUCCUUCCUGGAGACCCACUUUUGCUGUAAUGCCUAAAAUACAGUAGCGAGCUAAUUAACCUUAGAUAAAAGAGCAGUUGGUGACAGAUUACAUAUGCCACAUAUCAUAACAUUUAAAAAUAUAUACAACUAUGUACAAAAUCAAAUUAACUAUGUUUAUUAGCCAUCACUCUGACCGCUGUGGUGUCUAAGGGACUUUAAUACCUUUAAAACUGAAAUUGCUGCUGAUUGGGAUUCUCAGUUGAUUAUCUGUUACUAAUGUAUUUAAUAUAAUAGAUAUUUAAUAUAUUUAAACUAGAAGACAUGGCAUUAGGAAUCAGUAGCAUGGUAAAUGCCUAACCAGUGUAUUCUCCUGUUGAUGCAUUCAUAAUUCCCAAUAAAAUUAAUAAUGAUG